AUGUUGAAUUCUGAUGAUUUUCAAAUGAAUAUUACAACUGAACAAGAUAUUCGAUUUAUUAUCUAUCUAUUUAAUAAUCAACAUCAACAACAAAUUGAAGCUCGAUUAAGAAAAUUACCAUUUCUUAUGGAUCACAUGGGAAAACUUCGAAUGACAAAAGAAAUAUUCGUACCAUCACACUUUAAUAAUACAGAUUGGGUAGAAACAAAUGAUAUGGAUCCCUAUGUACAUGAUAAUAUAAUGUUAUGGCUACAAACUGAGCCUUUAAUCUUUAAAUGGCUUAAAUCAUUGGGUGUAAUGGAGAAAACAGAUGAAAUAUUUAUAAAUCAAAAGAUUAUACCACGUGUGCAUAAUUAUAUAACAUUAGAAAAUGCUCUACCUACUGUAAAGAAACUAUUUAAUAGUUUUCAACGUGGUGAAAUACAUAAUGAACUUUUACAUAAAUUAAAUAAACUGAAAUUAUUUUCUCUUGAAAAUACUUUAGUAUCUGCUGAUGAAUUAUAUUUUUCUGAUGAAUAUUUACCUCGUCUUUCUUUAAAUAAUUUUGAUCUGAAUACGACAAAAUUUCUUUCUCCAAUCUAUUUAAAUGAAAUUAAUAAUAUUCCAAAUAAAAUUAAAGAAUUUUUUCUUUUAUUAAACGUACAAGAAGAUAUUAAAUUAAUUCGAUUUAGUGAAGAUCAACAUAAUGAAAUUGUUUCAGCCUAUCGAUUUAAACAGACAGAAAAUCUUUUUCAAUACAAUUCAUUACAAUUUCAAUAUUGUCUAACUCUUCCAUUUCUUGAUAUUACUCAAACAAAUUAUGAUUUUGCUCUUUAUUUUUGGCAACAUGUUAUAUAUUCAAUUAAUAGCAAUCAACUAAAUGAAAAAGAAACACUCAUUUGUAAUCAACAACAAUUACAUAAAAUUGAUAAUUUACCUUAUUGGUUCGUGCGUGCACGAUCUUGUAUUCCAACUACUACGAAACAAUUAUUAAAAAGUACAGAUGUUUUUUCAAGUGAUUUAAAAUUAAUUGCUGGUGAUUUAUUACCUGUUUUUGCUUGUACUACUUCUAUACCAUUUUCUGCUGUUUGGCAACGUUUCUUUCAAUUUAAAACUGAAUUUUCCAUUCAAGAUCAUAUUCAAUUAUUAAAUUUAUUGUAUGAUCGUUUAAAGAAUAUUUCUCUUGAUGACGAAUAUGAAACAUGUAUCCAACGUGUUUAUACUAGUAUGAUCAAAUGUCUUUCAAGUUUUGAUAGAAAACAUUUUGAUCAAUAUCAACCAAAAGCACCUUUAUAUUUACUUAGUACAAUAAAUAAUGAAUUUCUUCCUUCAACAAAUCUUGUUAUAUCAUUAAAUAAAGAUAUUAUUUUACCUAAUCAAAUUCCUCAAUUGAAAUUAAGCACAGGAAAUUCUCGUGAUUCUAAUUUAAUAUGUUUUCUUGAUUUUUUUAAUAUACGACAAAUUGGAAUCAAUGAUUUAACAUUAACUUCUAAUAUUAAUGCACAACCUUCAUUUUUCUUACGUGCAAAAUUACGUGACAUGCAAAUAUAUUUAUUUGAAUUAACCAAUUCUCGAAAUAUUAAGAAUCAUUGUAUUGAUUAUGAUCUAGAAAUAUUCGAAGUCGAUCGAUUAGAUUUAUACUAUAAUGAAACAAUUCCUGUUCUACAAAUACAUAUUCAUAUUAUUGAUAAUCGAUUAUAUGUUACACGACCUUGGAAUUCAAAUGAAGUUAUGUUAAAAUUACCUCAAAUUCUUUGUAAACAAUUCAAAUUACCAUUGAAUAUCGAAUCAGAUAUUCGUCAAUUUUUGCUCAAUGAAACAAUCAUUCAUUCGAUGAUGAUGAUGCCUAGUUCACUAAAGUCUUCAAUAGAUUUAUUUAAUAUCGAUGGAACUCGUGGAAAAUUUGCUAUGAUUAUUGAUCGUGAUAAUGAACAACUUUUCAAUCAUCUAGGAAUUACCAAUACAACAAGUUCAGCUGAACUUCUUAUUAAAGCACUUAAUGCACAAAUUUCUCCAUUUGCUGGUUAUGUAUAUCAUUAUACACAUUUAGAAAAUGCAGCUUCAAUUCUUCAUGAUCAUGCUAUAAAAUCUCGUAAUAAUUUAUCUUCUAAUAAUUUCAAAGAUUCAGCUGCUAAAGAUGUUAUUCAGAAAACUCGUAUUGAAGUUAAGGAUUAUGCUCGUUUUUAUUUUCGACCAUUGACACCAACACAAUAUUGUAAUGAAAAUCUUGGUUUACCAAAUCUAUCGAAUCAAUAUGGUAAUCAACCUAUGUGUCCAAUACCAAUUAUUUUUCGUAUUGAUCUAGCAGCUAUACUUUCUAUCAAAGAUAUUCAAUGGAAAGUUAGUUUAGGUAAUAUGGCAAGUCCUCAAACUGAAUUUGAUAAUACAUUAAAUAUUGUCAAAAGAUUUGAUUUUCAAGGUGUAUUUUUUGAUAUAAGUACAGAUCGUGGUAAAUAUAGUUCACAACAAGAAUUUCUUAUUAAAUCACAAUUAAAUUUUAAUCAACUUAAACAAGAAAAUAUUACAAUUAUAUUUCAAGAUGAAAAUGCACGUUAUAGUUUAGAACGUAUGGUUUUAUAUGAUUACCCUUCGAAUAUUGAUACAACAUUCUUUUAUGGUUUUAAUUCUCGAAUAAUAAUAAGAAAUUCUACUGAUAUUGAUAAUGCAAUUGAUGUGUAUAUUAAUGACUCAGAUUCAUCAAGAGUUUAUGGUCGAUUAAUUCUACAAUUGUCGGGUCAAAAUGAAAAUCGAACAAUACAAGGCAUUUUGAAUGCAACCUUUCAACGAGGUAACAUAUUAACCGUUUAUGCAAACCAACAAUUUUCGUUUAUUAAUAAUAUAAAUGAUACUCAAUAUGCUAUCUUUUAUGAAUACGAAAAUCAAGUAUGGCUUAUUCAUACAAAUUCACCUCAAGUACAUUUCAUUUCACCAACAUAG